ACACAGGCUCCGGUCACAAAUAAUCAUGUGUCAGUCACAUUCCAGGUGCUCUUAGAACUCUGUCGCCGAGGUACUUGUCGGUGACUGAUAAGGGUUAAGGUGUUCACUGCUAUUUAAAUUGCAGCCAGCGAAAUGAAAGAAUCGCCAACGCUGGUAUUAAUGACGGUGGGGGUCAUUUGGGCAGCGAUCGUGUGCGUGGAAGGCGCGAGCGGCCACGGCAAGAUAUCGGGUGUGAAGGAGAUAUCGACGAAGGGCAAGAUUUUCUACACCUACCGUGGGAUUCCCUACGCGAAGCCGCCCGUCGGAGAGUUAAGGUUUAGAGACCCAGUUCGCGCCGAGAGAUGGGAGGGGGUAAUGGACGGGUCCCGCCCCCCUCCCCCCUGUCUUCAGCUCGCCCCCCUCCCCCCCUCGUCUCUCAUCACGGGAGAAUCCUCUUCGUACACACUCAGGGGAUCCGAGGAUUGUCUGUACCUCAAUGUGCACACGCCUCAUCCAUAUCGUGUGAGUGUCGGAUUACCUGUCUUGGUGUACCUGCAUGGGGGAGGGUACCACGGGGGUUCGGGAGAGACCGCCCCUCCCCACGCCCUGCUCAACGAGGAAGUGGUUCUGGUGGUUCUGCAGUACAGGCUCGGCGUCCUUGGGUUCCUCUCCACGGAGGAUGACGUCAUCCCCGGGAACUUCGGCCUCAAGGACCAGACGCUGGGCCUCCGGUGGGUGCAGAGGAACAUCGCCAACUUCGGAGGCGACCCCCGCAGGGUGACGCUCCUCGGCCAUGGGGCGGGGGCAGCCUCGGCGCACCUGCAGAUGCUCAGCUCGAAGUCCUUUGGACUUUUCUCCCGCGUGAUCUUACAGUCGGGGACGGCGCUGUGUCCUUGGGCUCUCGGAGGCGCACACAGACAAGUGGCUGACUACACAGCGCGACUGGUGGGCUGCUCCUCGGACCUGGGAGCCCACCACCUUCUGCAGUGCCUUCAGGCCGUUCCUGCGGGCAAGCUGGUGUACACGAUCGCUGAGUAUUUUGUGUGGAUGGGCAGUCCCCUCUUGGUGGGGCCCCGAGUAGACGGGGAUUUCCUGACAGCCUCCCCUGAGGUCCUCAUGCUCGAAGCCAGACACAGGGAAGUCGACCUCAUUACCGGCAUCACGGCGCAUGAGGGGGCGCUGCUUGCAACAGCCAUCCACACCAACGAGACUCUGAGGUCGUCGAUUCGCAACAACUUCUCCCUCGCGGGCGUGGCGUCGCUCGAGUUCAGCCAGGGGGACGCGACGCCCUUGGACCAGGCGCACAAGAUCUUCAACCAUUACCUAGGCGGCCUCAAGCUCGACAAGGACCAGGCGGGAGAACUGGCUAAGCUGUACGGCGACCGUCACUUCGCAGUGUGCCACGACCUGACGGCCAUGCUGCACGCCCGCAAUGCACGCCCAUUCAAGAAGACUUUCAUGUAUGAGCUCACCCACCGUGGGCUGAGCUCGACACUCCCGUCCGAAUAUGCUUUCCCGCCCGCGAAUGGAUGGGUCGCGCAUAAGGACGACCUGCUGUACCUCUUCCCAGGGGGCGCUAACCCAGUGCGGGGGCGUGAGGAUCUGCGUCUGCGUGACCUCAUGACCAGACUAUGGGCCAACUUCGCCGCUACAGGGAACCCGACGCCCGAUGCCAGCCUGGGGUUCACGUGGGAGGCCGCGACGGAAUUCUGCCUGCGACACUUGGCCCUCAGUCCGUCUCCUGUGAUGAUGGACGACUCACGGCGCAAGACUCGAGAUUUCUGGGCAGGACUCCCAACCCGACAGAACCUGAUCCUGCAGCCGUCUCGGAGCGCGGGCGUGAAGCCUCGAGAGGGGAAAGGCAAGAGCGAAUCUUAUGGGGCGUCGCCGACUCGCCCGGUGCUCAAGAAGCCAACGAAACACAACGCCAGGGAAGAGCUUUGAUUAUGGAAGACAGAAUGGCUGGAAAAUAUAUUUUAUUUACCUAUCUGACGCUGUGGCAGACUGGUUAGUUGGGUGGCUGAGUUACCAAUUGGCUGAAUGACUUGGCGGUUAGUUAUCUUGAUGAAUAAGUUUUUAUUUACGAGUCUCUUUCGUUCCUGGCUGAAUAACGUGAGUGAAAAGAUGACUCUCAGAAUAGUGGUGUGAGUGAUACCGGACGUCCAGUUGGUUGGUUUAUAAAUUACUAAAUUAAUGAUUGUUUCAUGCGUGUAUUUUGUAAAUAUCAGACUGGCUACGUUCACUCAUUGUUUGUUUGUUUUUGUUGUUUGUCGCUACGUUCACAGGCUGUUUGUUUUUGUAAAUAUUAGAGUAGCUACGUUGACUGGUUGAUUGUCUUAAUAACUCCUAAUCUGGAUCGCUUUGAGAAAAGUGAAUGCAUAAUGUAACACUUAACAAUAAAGUACUACUAGUAUUUUC